UGGUGGAUUCAGUAUGAAUUUCUCUCCAUUCGGUGGUCAUUUUCCAAUACAUCAAUUCGCGGCCAAAUUCAACCAUGAUAGCGUUUCACUGUGUUCCCAAGACAGUUCAGGUACCCAGAGGUACACUGCCAAUGGUAUCCCGUCUUUCACCCAACACCAUCCUCCCCAAAACCACCAGAAUCUACUCAACUCAUCUAAAUUCCCAGGAAGCAACUAUGACAGGCAAAACUCGUCUUAUUCAAAUCAUUCCAAUGUCAGACCAGAAAAAAGACAAAUGUUCGAUCAGCAGGAACUCGCCCAGGAACUGUGUGCUGCUAUGUUACAACAGUCACAAUCCAUUGCAUCUCAACAACAAGAAAAAGAUCAGGCAAAUUCAGAAAAGGUAAAGCAAGACAAUCAACAAGAUCUCCUUCGGACGUCUCAUUCGCACCAUCAGCAACAACAACAAGCUCGCCAAUCCCAGAUUCUUCAACAACAAUCGCAAUCUUUACAUCAGCAACAACAGCCCCAGCAACCGUCUAUGUCCCCAUGGCAACCACUGGUUUCCACAGGUUCAUCUGUUGCCGAUUACUUGUCCCAUUUGCCUGCCACAGCUACAUUACCCAUCAGCCUCCAUCAUUUUCUCAAAUAUUCUGCGGAAACAAUGAAGAAAGACUGCCUUCAACAGCCUAACAGUCAAAAUCCUGACGCCACAGCUCUACUGAGUCAAGUGAACAAUUGUAUUUCAUCUACCUCGUCGAAUUCUGCCAAUAAUAGCAAUAGAAGUGGCCUAGGGACGUUUACAAAUAACGUCAACGCCUUACCAACGAUAAACUCCUCCCAAUUGACGACCACCGUCACUCCACCCAAAAAGAAAAAGAAAAGAAAACCGGAAAAGGAGAAACGUACACGCCCCAAACCGGGUGAGAUACGGCUAACGACCGCCCUCGACGGUUCCACUUUGUUCUGUUGCCCUGAAUGUCACAUGGCUUAUCCGGAAAAGGAGUUGCUCGAACAACAUCUUGUCGGCCACACCCUCGAAAGGCGGUUCGUUUGUGAUAUAUGUGGGGCUGGGCUGAAACGCAAAGACCACCUUACAAGACACAAACAGUCGCACAACCCAGAACGUCCGUAUGUUUGUACGGUCUGUUUGAAGGCGUUCAAGAGGAAGGAGCAAUUAACGUUGCACUUUGUUAUCCAUUCAGGUGAGAAAAGACAUGUGUGUACCGAGUGUGGUAAAGGGUUUUAUAGGAAAGAUCAUUUGAGAAAGCACACGCGUUCACAUAUCGCGAGGAGGGUUAAGGCGGAACUUUCGCAGCAAGGUAUUGGCAAUGUUGCUACAACCGGAAGUCUAGCAUUGCAUUCUAAUGCGGUCACUUCCGGUAUUUCCGCAUCGCACAGUAUUAUAGCGUGAAAGUAUUUUUAUUGUGGCGGACUACGGUAACAAUAUGAUCCUUACUUUUUUUUAUUGCGACGACGCUGAACUAGUGCAAAAGAAUCAUUCGUUUGUUAGGUAUUUUUUGUUUUUACGUGAAACUAACAGAAGCUGAGAGGCGGGAAGAAUAGUUUUUGAGUUUUUGUAAAAUUUGAAGCAAUAUACAUAUAUAUAGUUGUAAAAAGGUCACUAUUACGUAUUACAGUUGAAAACAAAGCAAUAAAACAUUAAAAAUGAAACGUAUGGUUCGGAUGGUCCAUGUUUUUAGUUUAACUUACUCAAGUUUUUUGAGAACUACGUUUAUAAAAAAAAAAAACAAACAAACAACAGUUUACUUGCGAGUUUAUUUUGUUUUGUUUUGUUUUUUUUUUUUUGGGAAAGUGACCAGUGAUAUAUGUAGUUUUUAUGAAGAAUACGAUUUUAUCAACAUAUUAAAAUUAUAUUAUGUUAUGUUAUAAAUAGUCAGAAUCAGAAAUUAAGUUUUUUUUAAUUGUUUACCUAUUUUAUUAGUAUUAUUAUUAUUAUUAUUGAUAUCCUUAUUUUAUUUAGUGUUGUUAUUAUUAUAAUGACGAUAAAUUAUGUUUGUUUAUUCUGAAUGUUACCUCUGUCUAGUCACCAAUUUGUUUAUUUAUUUAUUUUAAAUUGAUGCAUACGUUUACAAUCUUGUAAUAUCCUUGUAAGUAAACAGUAUACAUACAUAGUAUAUACAUAUAUUAAUAAAAUCAGUACAAACAAGUAAUUAAUAUUAGAAUACGUUUAUAUUUGUACAAUAUGAUGGUGAUGGUGAGCUCAUUGAAGAAUUUUCAUUUAUAUUUUUCGAAUGGAGAUAGGAAAAAUGAAAGGAAAAGGAAUAUUUUUCUGAUUGUAAGAUUAAGUACCUAUACACAGUUAUUAUUCUUGCUUUUUGGUAUCCUCCUUAUAUUAUUCGUAUGCUUACAUAUAGAGCUUCCUAUAUAUGAUUAAGAAUUUGCUUGUGUAUUGUGAUAUAAUUUUUGAAAUAAAGAAUUUCAAAAUUUUAAUAUUUGUACGUUUAACGUGCGGCACUGUUCACUGCCCCACCCAUGCGUUCUUGUCACGCCUACUACCACUCGGUCUGUUACAUUUUAUUUACACUACUACGUUAGUUUUGUUCUGCGGUACUGUUUGCUGCGCCACCCAUAUGUUCUUACCACGCCUACAAUUUCACCACCUUUUUUACAAUAUUGGUUCUAUUGUCAAAACGUUUUAGUUUUAAUUAUAUGUACAUUUAACUGUUUAUCUACAUUUAACGUACGACACUGUUUGCUGCCCCACCCAUAUACUUUUGUCACGCUCAAAAUGCCCCGCCUAUUAUCAUUUGUUUACGUAACUGCGUUAUUAUAUUUUGUUCUACAUCUAACGUGCGGCGCUAUUGUUGCACCGCCCAUACGCUCUUUCCACGCCUACUUCUUUUCCGCCUCUUAUCCUAUGUUUAUAACAAUAUUACGCCACCUAUUAUUGAUAGAUAUGACUUUUUUGUAGUAAUUAUACAUUUACUAAUUAUUGUUUUAGGUGUAUAAACAAUUGAUUUUGUU